AAAAUGCAGUUAUAGCUUCUUUAAUAAACAAGGAGAGAAAAUGUGGCACAAUUAACUUUGGAUUCUUUCUUUCACAAGACAUUAAAGAUUAUCUGUUGAAUGACGUCACUUAUAAUACAGGGUGUUGCCGUUCUUUUUAUUUACAGAAGCAGACACACAUAAGAGCCAAUUUAACCUUUGUGCAGCAUUAAGCACAUACUGUAUGUCCUUGGUUUACAUUUAGAUUAAUAAUAGAAAUAUUUCCUGUAAACUGCACCCAGGAAUGCAGUUAUUGUUUCCCUGCAAACAAAUACAAUAACUUUUUCUGUACGGUAGAAAGACAAUGUCCAUUCUUUACAGCUCAAAAUGCUUUUGGGAAUGAGGUGAGAGACUACAGACAAGUUAACAGUCAAAAGAGCUGGCCUAGUACUGAAUGUUACUAAUUUUAGCAGUGUGAAACAGCAUGUUUGAAUUUUUGGGUGAUUUUGAGAAACACUGGCAUAAAAAAAACAAACAGGGAGGAGUGAGAGGGUGGGGGAAGGAGGGAAGCCUCGUGCCCUUACAGUUGAUCAUUGGUUGGAGCCACAGGGAAGGGGAGGGGCCUUGGUGCCACUGUUUCUGUAGAGAGAGAGGCAGAGAGAGAGAGAGAGAGAGAGAGAGAGACUGAGAGAGAGAAAGAGAGACAGCAAAGGAGGAUAAAUGAACACAGGGGGUUCUCUCAGCAUCGGUAUGCCUGCCUCCCUCAUUUCCAGUCCAGACAUAGUUGCUGCUCCUCUGGAUAGGAAUAACAGCUGAGGUGCGUUCGCAUGCGUGUGCGCGUGUUUUAAAUAUCCGUCACCCCGCACACCUCUUUCAUCCUCUCCGCUCACGGCAGUCCGCUGUGAUCUUACUGCGAAGGACCAGACAGACAAACUGGGACAAGAGCAAGCGGACGUGGAGGAGUGGUGAAAAGAGGGUAAAGCAGAGAGCAAGAAGAAGAAACAAGAAAGAGAAGCAGGAGGACAGAAUAAAAAGGAGACUUCAAUUUCUUCCUUCAUGUCCACAGCACAUGACACAGUGAUGUCUUCUUACUGGAAGCUGUGACUCUGUGGACUAUAGACAGAUGAGAGAGAGCUUCUGUCUGAGCUUUCUGCAGCUGCAGCAGAUGUUGAAGACAUCUUUGACUUUAUAGGGAGCGGAGGCAUUUCAAGCAUACAUUGGACUGGAAUUCCUUUAAACAAAGUCACAUUUCAUUCUCUUUUUUUUUUUCCUUUUCGUGCCUUCAGCUGGGAAGUAAAGAAAGAAGGAAUACACACGUUGCUUUUUUGUGUGUUAAUCUGGUGGUUUUGUAUCUCGGUGUAAAACCACAACUGCCUGCGCCGAGGACAAACCCAGGGGGCUUCUCACCUUUCUCUGUCCUUUCCAUCCCUCCUGCAUUUUGAAAUGGCAGAUGGCAGCAGUCUCAUCAUGGAACCGCAGCAUGGAGCUUUUUGUUUGGACUGAGAGCCUACAGCUACUUUCAGAAGCAGCCAGAUACCUGUCAAAAUAGUGGGUUCAUCGUACCCUUGGAGGGGCCCCUCAGACACGUAUUCCUGCCCAAGAUGAUGAAUUCCUCCCUGGAUCCACUGAACCAGAGCUCUGCUGACCCGUCAAACUUAUCUACUCCCUUCUGCCUGCUUGAGAUAGGCUACUCCCAAAUUUUCACCACCUGCCUCCUCGAAGUCUCGAUCAUAUGCCUCCUCACUGUUCUUAUCAUUUCCGGUAACCUGGUGGUGAUUUUUGUGUUCCACUGUGCCCCCUUGCUUAGCCAGCACACCACCAGUGCUUUCAUCCAGACAAUGGCGUACGCUGAUCUGCUGGUGGGGGUCAGCUGCCUGUUCCCCUCCUUGCACCUCCUGCAUCACCUCCAGGGCCUCGACCCCAAACUCACCUGCCAGGUGUUCGGGUACAUGGUGUCCGUUUUAAAAUCAGUGUCAAUGGUGUCGUUAGCGUGCGUGAGUGUAGACCGCUACGUCGCCAUCACGCGACCUCUGACUUACGCGUCCCUGGUGACGCCUUGCCGGGUGCGAUGCUGCAUCGUUCUAAUAUGGUUGUACUCCGCUCUGGUGUUCCUCCCGUCUUUUCUCGGGUGGGGGAAACCCGGCUACCACGGGGACGUGGUGGAGUGGUGCGCGGUUGAGUGGAGGACUCGUCCAGAAUUCACAACCUUCAUCGUUGCAAUGCUCUACGCCCCAGCUGCUCUCACCGUCUGCUUCACCUACGCCAACAUCUUCAAGAUCUGCCGACAGCACAAUCGGGAGAUCAGCGAGCGCCGAGCGCGUUACCGACCCCAACAGCUGCAGUGCCCAGGAUUGACAGUGGGGUCUGCAAUCAAGGACAACAGUGCAGUAGAGCACUUGUCCCAACCACAAAAAUCCCAACCACCAUAUCAGCAGCCCACAUCAACAUACCCAGACAAGCGAUACGCUAUGGUACUGUUCCGCAUUACCAGCGUGUUCUAUAUCCUCUGGUUGCCCUACAUCCUCUACUUUCUAUUGGAGAGCGGUGGGAUUUACCACCACCCCGCAGCCUCAUUCCUCACCACAUGGCUCGCCAUCAGCAACAGCUUCUGUAACUGUCUCAUAUACAGCCUCUCCAACUCGGCCUUCAGGAAGGGCCUCAAACGCCUCUGCUCCUUUUGUUUACAGCGCAGCGGCAGUGGCUUUGGGGUUAGCAACAGCAAAAAGACUUUUGUUGGUUCUGUUGAAAAAGGAUGUGGAGGGUCGGGGUAUGGAUACGGUCACGGGGAAAUAGGAAUUGGCACAACAUGUCAUGUGUAGGGCACACACACAGAGGAAACCCUUGUGCCAAAUUGGCAUUUGAACCUUUUUUUAAAAGAUGCCUGAUGUGCUGUAAAACGUCUCCUCUUUUAAGCUUAAAUGUGCUGUAAAGAGAUGGAAGGAGGCGUUGAUCCGCCGCUGCUGUUUCUGUCGCAUUUGGAGGUUACACAGGCGUCCUCUCGGCACACUCCACAGCUGGCAAAGACAGAGAAAAGGGAGUCGGGAGCAAAUCACUGAAGGAGAAAAAAGGGCUAAAUAGCCCUGCAAGGUGUUUUAAAAUGGUCAAGGAAACCGAGCAUAUUCACUGGUUGAAAAGGAGGAGAAAAUCUGAAAAUCUCUGGAGAAAUGAACUCUUUUGAGGUUGAACAACAUUUGUAUCUUUUAAUGGGAAGUGAAUCCUUAACUUAUUUUGCCAAAACAUCAAAACGUUACAAGAAAAAUGUUGUGAAACCUUUGUUGCCAGAUUAUCAGCACAGUUGAAUACAAAAAAAGAAGAAGAAAUGAAUGCAAAUAGAGUAACAGUGUUUCAGUAAUGUGGUGCUGAGGUGAACUGCCGAUAGCAAGCUCUUUAAAUAUCUUUUCACGUGCUCUUGCCCACUCAGUAUCUGAAUACUAAAGGUGAUGCAACAGUGUGUUUGUGUAUUUGUUGUGUCCCUUGUUGUUGACUGAUUGAUUGAGCUUAGUCAGUCAAAAAGAAAUGAUGUAGGUCCAGACCCAGUACACGUUAUUUUCUAGUUUGUUUGCAUUGACUGAACUGAUUAUGGUUUGUCAGCAUCAAAACAUCUAUUCAUCAACUUUUGAUGUUAUUCUCAGUGAAUUUAUCUUUCAAUUCAUUUUUCAAGUCUUUGUCAGUUUCAUUGCCCCCUUGCUGUUUUGAUUAUGUAACUAAACUUAUUUCAUAACCGUGUCCAAGGCAAAGCAAGACAAAGAAAGGAUGUAUUUUCACACUUAUUUUACACUGAUUGUUGGUACAUCUUUGGGCUGACUUUUUGGUUUGAAGGUAAAAACAUUAAGCUCUUAGAUGAAUGACCCUUGAACUGUGAUCCUGACACCUUGUCUUCAGGAUUGGCUGAGAGGAAUGAUGAAAAGUCUUAUCUAUGUGAUUGUGGAAAUAUUCUUGCAAAUAAUUCACUUGUUAGAAACCGAGGUGUACUUCAUUAUUUAUUCUUCAUUACUUAUUCGGAUCCCCAUUAGCUUCUGCAGAGCGGUUGCUACUCUUUCUGGGGUUCAAACAAAAACAAUAAAAAUAAUUUUAAAUCAAACGAUAAGGAAAGAGAAGAAAACAAACCAAUUGUAAGAAUCUAAAAAAUAACAAAAACUAAAUUGUCACAAAUUUCCAAAACAACAAUAACCAAAAUAGCAUAUAUGCUUUAGUGGCUUUUUUUUUUUUUUUUAAAGAAAAUCUACUUUUGACUGUCUGAUGACCUCUUCAAAUGACAUUUUGCAUAUGUAACAGAUGACUAGAUUUGAAUAGAGUCGCCACAGUUAGCCAUGAAUGAUAAUUGUUGAUAUAUUUCACACACAUUAGCACAGAAAGAACAAUGAAGAACUAAUUUGACUGCUCUGUUCUGUGCAGUUUUUGUAGAUGUUUCUAAGCUUCACUUAACAAAUUAACUGGGCAGUACUCCAGGCGUAUUUGUUGACUGUAUUGUGACUGCAUUAUUGUGCCCGUAUUUGGGGACUAGUGCAUGUGCACACAUACACACAUCAAAUCACCAUUAAAUGUAAACAGAACAGACAAAUAGCCCAUUAACUCUGCUGCCAGUCGACUAACCUCUGGUUUAACUCUAACCUCUGUGCAGCACCAUGAAGAGGGACUGACCCCUUCAACUCUCCUGAAAUUCAGUUGCAUGUGUGCGUGUAUGUGAGCGCCUACGUGCAUGCACGUGUUGUAGUCAGUCUGUUUGUUCCCAUGUGUAGUUCUGUGGGUUCUUUUCACUCUUAACUUGAUAUCUAAUACAACAUUAUCAAGACCAAUAAUAAGCCGAAAUGAAUCCAAGCAUCACUGAACUCAAACAUUGUGAAAAAUUCUCUCUAUUUUGAACCAUGGAGACUCAUUUCACAGUUUAUUUAGGUGCAGAUAAUCUCACUUUAUAUGUUUUAUCUAAUCUACCAAAGAAAGUUCAACAGAUAUUCUUUUUCUAUCUAAUAUAUGAAGAUUUAGUAAAAUGCGAUUGGGUUUUACACAACGUUUUGUGUAGGGCCACUGCACUGUGUCGGCUCAGUGAUGCCUUGUGUGCAUGAAUAUGACUGUUUCUCAGUAUAUAGUGAUCUAUUGUUGCCUUGAUAUACAAAUGAACUGCUGGGAAAGUAUUCUCCUUACAUUUAGGGAGGGCUUCGUUUAUAGACAAGCGACUGUUUUUAGAGGGAACGGCACGGACUGGAAAAAUUUAAAUGAAAAUGUACAUUAGCCAGCCUUGAUUCCACACUCUGAGCCCCAGUUGGUGUGUGAAGUCAUUAAAAAAAAUGUGUUAAUUCAGCUACUCGUUAAAAAAUUCAUAAUUUGCAAUCAUUGUUCCUCUCUUCUGUAAAAACUGAAAACAACCAGGAGCAAACACGUGACUCAAAACUGUUCAUUUUGUUUGCAUUUUAAUUUAUUUGUUUGUGUGUGAAUGAGUAUGAGUGUGUGUGCAGGUAUGUUAGGAUUAAGCGACCAUUGGCUGAAUUGGACUGUUUACGGUGUUUUAGCAAGGGUGCUAAUAGAUCUUCAUUGCUUUAUUAGCUGCACAUCACUUUCCCUCCAGUAUACUGUAUUUUGUGAGUGUAUGAUGUACAAUGGUGGUAGAUUCACAUGUUGUCUUUAAAUAUUCUGGCUGACAUCUGGGAAGCAUUGCCAAAUAUUGUAAUCUUUCCUAUUUGUGCCGUCUUUUGUUCAGAAAAAUGACGUGUACAGAAAAUAGCAUGUACAGAAAUGGCGUAUUGAAUGUCUGAUGGUCAAACUACAGAAAUUUAUUUUUGUAAAAAUUACUUGGUUUCUGUCUUUUUCUCUUGUGGAACUCGUAAGUAGGUUUAGUAGCAUGCUUACGUAUCGAAAUGAUGAAGCUCUGUCUUUAUGAAGAUGCAUUUUAUUUUACUUGGACAGCUUCUAUUAAGGUGUCUUUUACAGUUGGUAAAAAUAGAUUACUGUGAAUUUGAGGUAAGAAGUCCACCACUAAAAUGUCAUAUUUUCCCACAGCAGUUAAUGGUACAAUUCCUCAUAAAUAUGUAAGAUUUAGGGAAAAGUUAUUGUGCCAAAACAUUCAGCGUUAGCAUUCACACACACACACAUUCCCCUUUUUCCUGUGGGAAAACAAUCGACUCAUGUUCUCAAGGGAACAACACUCUGGUGGUGGCGGCUGUGUCCGGGUGCAGUGCCAUGUUGGGCAGGAUUAGAGGGAACAAGAGGGAAUAUGGACACUAAGGCUGGUUUAUGAAGCCAUUUGUAGGUUAAAUGCAGCCUUCUGCUGUGAGAGAGUAAUAUAUGAGUGUAUAUAGAUAGGUAAUAAUGGGAAAGACAUCUGCUGAUAAUGUUUUUCAGAUAUGAAAGUAUAAAUAAAAUGUGCAAAGGGUGCAAAGAAGGAAGUUUGAAUGGUUCCUAGCUUGUGUUUCCAGAGUCCUUAUAUUAUGCACUCGUCAUUUUAUUUCAUUUUAAGCCCUUUACAAGUUAUCCAGAAUCAUUAGAGGGCGGCUGCUGCUUCUUCUUCAUCUUUCUCUUCUGGCAUCUUAUGUGGUUGGCAAACAGCUUUAGGUGCAUCGCCACUUUCAGAACUGGGGUUACCCAGAUGUGUAUCUGUCGUGGGAACAAGCAUAUGUAGCAUACUGUCUAUGUGGAUCAAUGUAAAUAAAAUAGUAGAAACUAUAUUUUGAAUUUAUCCAGAUAAAAAAAACACAUGACAUUGAUAAGUGUGAUAGGGGCCUUAUUCAAAAUAACCAAUAAAAUCCAUUUUGAGGCACUUUUUUUUUUUUUAUCUUGAACAUAUUUUUCUCUCAGUUCAGACAAAAACAAUACAAAAGUAUUUUACACCAACUGAAUACUGGUUGGCUAUUGUAUCUAACAGUAGACCGUACCCCAGUACAGCUUCACUCUUAUAGUGCACUUUAACACACGAAUACCCACGCAACGGUAUUUUCUUAUCUGCCUUUUAAUCUGCAUUGGAUUUUCUUCUUUUAGUUUUUGUAAAGCUCUAAAUAGGCCACACCAAACCCCCACUAAUAGCUGUCUCAUGACCCAGCUGUUCUGAGGAACAGAUUAUUAUCACAAAUAAGACUAGUUUGACCACUGUAACAAAACCGUGGUUUUGGAAACGUCCCAAAGGAUGCAGGAAUUUCACUCUGCGUUUAUUUUUGUCCUCAAUGAACGCUGGAAAUUGCUUACAGUCAACAAUGGGGCAUUUGUAAAUUUCCGAUGGAGAAAAUUAAGCCAUUUACUGCAUUAGAUCAUGACAAAAUCAUGUCAUAUUUCAUACGUCAGGGGUAUUUGUUAUGACGUUUUUUGUAAAGAUGUAUGCUUUUAUAGUUGGAGAAUGUGUGGAUAAUGCAAAUGGUCAAACAUGUUUAAUUUUGCUGUCAUGAAAGUGAGUCUGUGUGAAAAAUGUUACAUUUUUCAUCACACGAUGCUUUGUAGGCGACGAGCCUGUAUGGUAUUAUAAGAUGUACAUGUUGUGUAUCUGUAAAUAGCAAAUAAAUGUAAUGUUGUCUCAAUGUA